GGAAGUGGUUUGGCGGAGUCCCUUCUUUCUCAGUUUGAGCCUGGUCCUGGUAAUGCUGGUUCGGCUCGUACGGUGACAGAACUCGGUGAAGAUGCCUGUGGAGAGUCGGCCAGUCCGGGACGCGUCCAUACAUUUCCGUUUACUGCAGCAGUAUCUGCUUCUCCUGAAGAAAUACCCCAUUCUCACCAAGUCUGUGACCAGUGGAAUCCUCUCCGCUUUAGGAAAUCUUUUGUCUCAGACUUUGGAGGCAAGAAAAAAGGCCAAGAAUGGAGCCCCAGUGGACGGGAUUGACACAACUGCAGCUGCACACUACGCCAUAUAUGGGCUGUUGAUUACAGGACCAGUGAGUCAUUACUUCUACCAGCUGAUGGAGGUGUGGUUGCCCACCACUGAUCCAUACUGUAUAGUCAAACGACUGCUACUGGACCGCCUUAUUUUUGCCCCUGGCUUUCUUCUCAUUUUCUACUUUGUGAUGAACAUAUUAGAGGCGAAAGGAUGGGAAGACUUUGAAAAAAAGAUGAGGGGAAGUUACAUGACUGCCCUGAAGAUGAACUGGAAAGUUUGGACUCCCUUUCAGUUCAUCAAUGUCAACUUUGUGCCUGUUCAGUUCAGAGUGCUGUUUGCCAAUGUGAUUGCCUUAUUUUGGUACGCCUAUCUUGCGUCAGUGAGGAAGUGACACUUCCUGAAGAUCUCUUCAGAGACUCUGCUUUCAGCGGAAACUGCUCCUCUACAGUGCCUUUGUGUCGCACUUUUAUGAUUUUCACAGAAUGAACAUGAUACAAAAUCAGACUGUUUAUUAUAACACAUACAACAGUUAACCUGUUUCUAAUCGGGUCCAUAAUUUUCAUAUACAUGCAGUUCUAUGGACUAACAAAUACUGAUCCAUUAAAAACAUUAAAAAUGUAGUUUAUUUAAUUUAUUUUUUUAUCAAGCCAAAUUUGUACAAGAUGGUAAAUCUAAAAAUGAAUGAAUAGCAAGUUUUAAAUAUUGUUUUGUUUCUUAUUUUGGCCAAAUACAGCUCUAUUACAUUACGGCACAUCAAACAUGAAUGUUUUGUUGCUCUC